AUCGGCGUCCUCCAAGUUUGUCCUCUCUAUAACGUUACAUCUUUGGAGAAAGCUGGAGUCGGAUAUAGCAAAACCGCUGAAUCUGUUCUUGCGGCAAGAUACUGUAGCCUAAAUGCGCUCACCCCGGCAAUUUUUGCUAAAUGGGUGAUUACGGUUUCGCCCUGCAGUCUGCUUUCCCCAGAUAUACCAGUUGCAAUAAUAACAUCCCGGCGUUUUCUCCGACCAAGCACUAUAGCAGCACGACGAGUGUGGUUUAUGAUAUCCUCAAUAAUAAUUCGUCUUUGUUUUUCCCCGUUGCAGCUCAGCAAACCAUGCAGGAUGAUUUACUGAUGGACAAAAGCAAAACUCAGCCUCACCAGCAAGAUCCAACAAACGUAGACCCUCCUUCUAUCCCGACCCCCUCAUUGGAAACCCCAACCUCGGAGGAGAGUCCGUCGAGUGUGACUAACCAAGCACCCUGCGCUCAAAACAACAAAGAGAAAGUACCGAUGGAGUCGCCGAUCCUGCCGGGGUUGAGCUUUCAUCAGCCGCAGGAGACCGGUGGCACCUCCUUGUCCCCAUCAUUUGGUAGCACUUGGUCUACUGGAACCACGAACACCGUGGACGAUAGUUAUUUUCAAGGAAUACCAUCGGUUAAUGGGACUAUGCUUUUUCAAAAUUUCCCACACCACGUUAACCCGGUUUACGGAGGAAAUUUUUCACCACAGAUUGGUUUGGCACAAUCACCGCACCACCACCAACAACAGCAAGCACAGCAACAGCAGCAGCCCCAGCAGAGGAGGUCUCCUGUUAGUCCCAGCCAAGCCUCUUUCCCCCAGAGAAACGCAUACAGUCACCAGACCGUCAUGAACAGCAAGGCUUCGGCGUCCUCUGCGUCUUCGUCAGCAUGGAAUAACCACCAGAACGCACCUUGGAGCACAGGCUCCAAUCCCUGGAGCGGGCUCCAGGCAGGCAGGGACCCACGGAGAGCGGUGGGAGUCGGUGUUGGGGUGGGGGUCGGUGUCGGGGUGCCGUCUACCCUCAAUCCUAUCUCCCCGAUGAAAAAGCCCUAUCCGAGCAACGUCAUUGCACCUCCGAAAUUUCCCAGACCUGGUCCCAUGACCCCUAAGUCUUGGAUGGAAGACAAUGCCUUUAGGACAGACAACAGCAACAAUAUGCUACCUUUUCAGGACCGGAAUCGGCCCUUUGAUCCAUUUAACUUGCAAACUUUGGAGAAUUCCUUAAUGGAUAUGAUAAGGACUGAUCACGACAAAGGACGCAUGGGUUUGAAUUUUCCGCACCCAGCAGCUGACCACAUCAUGCCUCUGAACACCAGGAGCUAUGGCCGCAGAAGAGGUCGUUCCUCACUGUUUCCUUUUGAAGAUGGCUUCCUUGACGACGGCCACGGCGACCCUUCCCUGACGCCAGGGAUGAGCUCUCCGACGCGUUGCCAGAACGGAGAGAGGAUGGAGCGAUACUCCAGGAAGGUGUUUGUCGGAGGGUUGCCCCCCGACAUCGAUGAAGAUUACAACAGUUUCCGUCGCUACGGACACCUAGUGGUGGACUGGCCCCACAAAGCCGAGAGCAAGUCCUACUUUCCACCAAAGGUAACAGGCUACGCCUUCCUGCUGUUCCAGGAGGAGUCUUCAGUCCAGGCCCUCAUCGACGCCUGCAUCGAGGAGGAUCAGAAGCUCUACCUGUGUGUCUCAAGUCCCACCAUCAAAGAUAAACCGGUCCAGAUCCGCCCCUGGAACCUGAGCGACAGUGACUAUGUGAUGGACGGAUCACAGCCGCUCGACCCGCGGAAAACCAUUUUUGUUGGCGGGGUCCCACGACCUCUUCGUGCAGUGGAAUUGGCCAUGAUCAUGGACCGGCUGUAUGGAGGUGUGUGUUACGCUGGCAUUGACACUGACCCGGAGCUCAAGUACCCCAAGGGGGCGGGCCGUGUGGCCUUCUCCAAUCAGCAGAGCUACAUCGCCGCAAUCAGUGCCCGAUUCGUCCAACUGCAGCACAACGAUAUUGACAAGCGGGUGGAGGUGAAGCCCUACGUCUUGGACGACCAGAUGUGUGAUGAGUGCCAGGGGGCACGCUGCGGGGGCAAGUUUGCGCCCUUCUUCUGUGCCAAUGUCACCUGCCUGCAGUACUACUGCGAGUACUGCUGGGCCAGCAUCCACUCCCGCGCCGGCCGCGAGUUCCACAAGCCCCUGGUCAAGGAGGGGGGCGACCGGCCCCGCCACGUGUCCUUCCGCUGGAGCUGAUGGGUGGGGGGGGUCGUUAGAGACAGACCUGCCCCCCCCAUUCCCCAGAGCCCAGAUAGAUGCCCCAUCACCCCACCUGCCCCCGUCCUCCCCCUUCCCCCCAGUUUCCAACCCAGUGACCCACUCAGUCAGCUCCCCAGUCAUCCACACCCUAUUCACCUCUACUGACCUCCUCCAUCAUAACCACCAAAUCAACCACCCCAAAUACAUGGGUCUUUUUAAAAUUCCUUAACUUUUUUUUUGUUUUGGUUUCAUUUUUUUUAAGAAAUAAUGCAGUUUCAAUGCUCUUAAAGUUUUGCCCAGUGUUUGGUUUUGUAAUAGAUUCAAAACAAAACAAAAAAGGACUAAACCGACAACAAAAAAAAAAGAAUCGUGACCGUUUAGCCGCUCAGAAAAUGCACUUUUGCACGUCAGCCCAAACAGACCAUCCUCAUGUUAGACAGUCCUUCAGACCCGGUUCUAUAUCUG